AUGGACCUGUGUCCCUUGCUGUGCUGUGGGACAGGCUCCUCAUUCUGGUCUGGGAUAUUCCCUCAUUCUCAUGGUCCUUUCCUGCUGCAGCUGCUCCGGACACUGGUUUGGCCCAGCUGGAGGUCACACUCCAGCAAACCUGCCCAAAACGUGCACCUGAGCAAACCUGGGAACGGGUUCAGCUUCGAACUGACAGAUGAACAGAAGGAAUUCCAAGCUACUGCCCGGAAAUUUGCUCUGGAGGAGAUUAUUCCUGUUGCUGCACAAUAUGACAGGACUGGGGAGUAUCCGGUGCCACUCAUCAAACGGGCCUGGGAGCUUGGGCUGAUGAAUUCACACAUCCCAGAGAGCUGCGGUGGGCUGGGGUUGGGCACCUUCGAGGCGUGUCUGAUCACAGAGGAACUGGCAUAUGGAUGCACUGGGGUGCAGACAGCCAUCGAGGCCAAUUCCCUGGGGCAAAUGCCAGUAAUCAUCGCUGGGAACGAGCGGCAGCAGAAAAAAUACUUGGGCAGGAUGACAGAGGAGCCCCUGAUGUGUGCUUACUGCGUGACAGAGCCAGGCGCGGGCUCGGAUGUGGCCGGGAUCAAAACACGGGCGGAGCGGAAAGGGGAUGAAUAUGUGAUCAAUGGGCAGAAGAUGUGGAUCACCAAUGGUGGCAAGGCCAACUGGUACUUCCUGCUUGCCCGCACUGAUCCUGAUCCCCAGGCUCCAGCCAGCAAAGCCUUCACAGGCUUCAUCGUGGAAGCUGACAGCCCUGGCAUCCAGAUUGGCAGGAAGGAGCUGAACAUGGGCCAGCGCUGCUCGGACACGCGCGGGAUCGUCUUUGAGGAUGUGCGAGUCCCCAAGGAGAACGUGCUGAUCGCCGAGGGCGCCGGCUUCAAGAUCGCCAUGGGCGCCUUCGACAAGACCAGGCCUCCAGUGGCAGCAGGGGCCGUGGGGCUGGCGAGGAGAGCGCUGGACGAGGCCACGAGGUACGCACUGGAGAGGAAAACCUUCGGGAAACCCAUUGUGGAGCACCAGGCCGUGGCAUUCCUGCUGGCUGAGAUGGCCAUGAAGGUGGAGCUGGCCCGGCUGGGCUACCAGCGUGCGGCCUGGGAGGUGGACGCUGGCCGCCGCAACACCUUCUACGCCUCCAUUGCCAAGGCCUUCGCCGGUGACGUCGCCAACCAGGUGGCCACUGAUGCUGUACAGAUCUUUGGGGGCAAUGGCUUCAACACAGAGUAUCCUGUGGAGAAGCUCAUGAGGGAUGCUAAAAUCUAUCAGAUCUAUGAGGGCACAGCACAGAUCCAGCGAGUGAUCAUUGCCCGUGAGCACCUGGGCAGGUACAAGGCCUGA